GAAUAUAUUAUGGGUAGUUCGUAUAAUCUCUACGUACAAAGCUGAAAUUCCUGCAAAGUAUCUAAUGGAGCUUGAUAGAGGCCUACCACAACGACAGUCAGUUAAGAUUCAAAGGUGGCCGGUUAAUAAUGAUUUGAGAGCUGGUUUCGAUCUCAAAGAGCCAAAUGGAUGA